AUGGAGUCUUUUGUUAAUGAGCAAGUAAAACGCUUAAAUAUAACACUAACACAGCAGUUUGAGAAAAAUUUAGAAGAAAACAAUAUCAAAGAUUUUACUUCAUUAAAUGAAAAAAAUCAAUUUUUAUUUCAAACAAUACAAUCACUAGAUUUAACAAGCUCAACCUUACCUACAAUUGAAAAAAUAGAGGAACACCUUGAAAAGUAUCUUUCAGGUUUUUCAAACAUAAACAGUUCUGUAGAUCCUACUCUUGAAUGGUUAUUUGUAGCUAAAUGUACAAUCGCGGUUUAUGGACAAGUGUUUUCAAAUUUACUUAAUUUUACAUUACCAAUUUCAGAAUCUAUUGAAUACUGGAAUAGUAUUCAUGGAAACACUUUUCAAGAGCUAUAUUAUAUUUUACAAAGUAUUACUUCGACAUAUUUAAAUAACAGACCAUCAAUUCAAUCUUUCGAUAUACUUCGGUUCUUUACGUUAUCUUCUUUCCAUCGUCGUCCCGUUAUUCUUGAAAUUAUUAGUGACGAAAUACAACUCAAAAAGAAAAAAUUACAGCAGUUUCGAUCAGAACAAGCCGCUAGCUUGGGUAUCCUCUUAUUAAGUCUUCCUCAGUUCAGUAGCAGCAAUCAAUUAUCAUCCUCUCAUAUGGAGUUUACGGAGAAUAUAGCGAAAGAGGCCAAAGAAUGUAUUGAAAUGAUUAAAUAUGUCUUGCAACCUUCUUCUACUAUUAAAGACAAAAAUAAAAUAGAAAAAAAUAGACAUCAUUUUGAACAGAGGUUAUCUUCAAUGAAUUUAAAAAAUGAUACGUUAACAGCACAAGAUUUGACAUUUGAAUUAUACAAAAUUACGAAUAAUUGGACAGCGACUUAUAAUCAAGAAUUGCAAUGUGUUCAAUCACUUUAUGGCGCACCUUCUCCAAUCAUACGUUAUUGGAUUCCUGCUGUCUUUUCUUACUUUAUUAGUAGUUGGGUAAUUCGUUAUGGGUUUAGGCGUAAAGAAGAUAUUACUCAUUGGGUAGAAGAGGCGGGAAAGACAGCUUAUGACUUUGUAUUAAACUGGAUUUGGGAGCCUGUCCUCAAAGUAUAUAACACAGUUCGAUUAAAAGAUCAACGACUCAGUCUUUUAAGUAAAGAAGGACUUCAAAGUGAUUUAGAUUCUCUUGAACGUAUGGUAGUUGGCUUUGCUAAAGAUAAAUUACAUAUGCAAGAAAGCGAAUUAACGCAUUUAGCCUCAAAUGUUCGAGAAGGUGAUCUGUCAGUAUUACUAAAAGAAUAUGAAAAAGAAAUUAAAAAUCCUUUGAAGAAUGCACUUGUCGGCGAUUUACUUCAGACUAUCCUUAUUCAGGUCCAAAAGACGAAAGUAGAUGUAGAUUUAGCAAUGUCUGCUUUAGAUAAGCUUCUGAAAUCAAAUGAACUAAAUUUUGCUUUUCUGGCGGUUGCACCUUCUAUGCUUCUAACUUGGGCGUCUGCUAGUUGGUUUAAAAACAUGCUCCAAGGAAGAUCUCAACAAAAGGUUAAAAAGAUAGGUUUACCAAUGAGAGAAACACUUCGGUAUACACACACACAUAUAUAUAUAUAUAUAUAA